AACGAAAGCGCCGCAUGCCUCUUCAUUCAUAACGCCGUCAUAUCACUUACGAAACAAAUUAGCGCUCAGCUUCAUCCCUCCCAAAAUCUCGGCUUUUCUUCAGCCAACCCAGCCAACAGUGGGUUAAAAAAAAAUAUGCUCAUGCGCCAAAUCUCCUCCAAAGAAUUCCCCGACCUAUUCACCACCAUGUCCUCAUCCGGUGGCGCUGUCACCAACGGCGCCGGCGUCGCUCCCACCGCGCCCGCAGUCGAAUACCACAACCCAACGGACGACACCACUCUUUCCAACGAGGAUAACAAUAACACAGCACUAGACGACGUCUGGGGCGACGAUGGCGACGACGAUCAUAAUGACGUCUGGGGCGACGACUCACACUCACACUCCCACUCCCACUCUCAUGAAUACCACCAUCAUCAUCACCACCACGAUUCAACAACAAGAAGCAGAGGCCACGGACACGGGCAUCCUUCAGAUAUCCCCCGCCUCCAACAGGAACACACAACAGCCGGCUACCGCGACGGCAUCACCGUCGCCAAAGCUGAGCACGUGCAAGCUGGGUUUGACGAAGGGUUCGGGCUGGGAGCGACGAUCGGCGCUGUGGCGGGGCAGUUGUUGGGGGUUUUGGAGGGGUUGAGUUUUUCUCUUGGUGGCUCUUCUUCGUCGGCGAAGGGGCGGCGACCGCAGCAGGAUAAUGAAGAAGAGGAGGAGGAGGAGGAUAUCAGGGAGAAGGUCAAAAAGUUGUUGGCGGAAGCAGAAAAGGAUCUCAGCGUGCAAAGUAUCUACGGGAAGGAGUACUGGGAUGAGGAUGGGACUUGGAGGUAUGAGGUGCCGGGGGAGUCUAAGGCGCAGCAUGAGCGGUAUCAACAUCCUGAGCGAGAGCAACAGCAGCAAGACCAACAGCGACAGCGGGAUCAAGAGGACAUGACAGAGAAAGAGGGCCAAGAAGAGGAAGAAAAAGAAGAAAAAGAAGAAGAAGAAGAAGAAGAAGCAGAAAUCCUCUUCCCCGACGUUGCGCUAGCGCAUCCGCUUAUCAAGAAGUGGGAUCAGAUCAUCCGCACCGAGCUGGCGGAGAGGUUUGGGUUGGUUUGGGAUGUUGCGGUGUUGUUGCCGAGGAGCGAGGAGGAUGAACAUGAGGAGGGUCAUGAGCAUGGUCAUGUGGUGAAGGGUUCGGAAGAGCAGAAGGAUGCGAAGCCGGUGAGGGCGACGAGUCAGGCGUUGGCUUGGUGAAGGCUGGAAGAUAUGAGCAGGAUCAUUAAUUCGUACUAGUCAGACGGUCGGUGUUGUAGACCUGACGAGUAAUGAUUGAGGGACGUCUUGAUAUUAUGGAGGUGAGGAGGACCGAAGAGAGGAUACGUGAACUUCAAAUAAAAGAUCUCUUUACCCGGGUGGUCUUCACUGCGGUUGCGACAUGCCUUCGUUCUUGUUUUGGCUAUCAUGCCGAGAAGGACCAGUGACGGAUACUCGUCAGGUCUUAACUAGUCAGAGGUCGGUUUUAAACUAGUCAGACGGUCGGUUUUGAAGACCUGACGAGUAGUGUACAAUGUCCCCUGACCCUGGAGAACAGAUGCUAGAAAAGUAUCUCUUCCA